AUGGCUUUGAGAUACAGAAGGCUAAGAUCUGGAGCCAUGAUGCCAAUUAUUGGAUUUGGAACUUAUAAACUUAAAGGUGAAGAAUGCUAUAAUGCAGUAAAGUCAGCUGUCUUAGAUGCUGGAUAUAGACAUAUUGACACAGCAACUAUGUAUAAAAAUGAAGCUGAUAUUGGUAGAGCAUUAAAAGAUAUUUUCGCUUCAGGAAUUCGUCGAGAAGACCUAUUUAUUACUACAAAGCUCUGGUGCAGCGACCAUUCUCCUGAAAGAAUUUCUCAAAAAUUUCAAGAAUCCUUAGAUUCUUUAGGACUAGAUUAUAUAGAUCUCUAUUUAAUCCAUAAGCCUUUUUCUGUGGCAGGCUGUGAAGACUAUCCAAAUGGCGACACUUUUGAGCUUUCCUAUAUUCCUACUACUGCAGUUUGAGCUGAAUUAGAAAAAUUAGUAGACAGGGGCUUGAUAAUUGACUUAGGAAUUUCAAACGUUCCCGCAGCAUUGCUUUUAGAAAUAUAUUCAUCAAGUAGAAUUAAACCUUCUGUAGUUCAAAAUGAGCUUCAUCCUUAUAACACAUCAGAAAAUAUCAUCAAAUUUUGCAAAAAACUGGGAAUUCAGUAUCAAGGCUAUGGUUCUCUUGGAGGUUUCAAUUAUAAACAUGACCAUCAAUUGACUCCAUUGAUUGAGCAUCCAGUUAUACAGGAAAUUGCAUUAAAAUAUGGAAAAAGCUGUGCAAAUAUCCUAUUAAACUGAAGCCUGAGCCAAGAAGCAUGCAUUAUUCCAAAAUCUGCACAAUUAGAAAGGCAAAUUGAGAACUUAACUGCAAUUGAAUACAAAAUGGAAGAAGACGAUAUAAAGAGAAUUUCUCAGCUUAACCAAAAUCUUCGAUUUUAUGGAGUAGCCUUAUUAGUAAAAGCAGGUAUCCCUUUAUAUGACUAA